AUAAUGUCAAACACAGAGGGAACAGAAAGAUGGCGGUCGAGCGGUAAUUUUGUGAUGCAUGGGGUGUAGUCUACAAAUGGUGUGCCUUACAUUCCCAAGGGAUUCGUCAAGAUCAUCAUAUCAUCGUGCAAUGUGACUAUAUACUGGAGACGACCGUCCUGUGAAGCAGACCGUGUUAAAAACGGAAGGACAACAACGGAGACGGAUAGAAGAAAAGCAAAAAGGUGUGAGAGAGGAGGAGAGUAGAGAAAGAGAACGGACCCAGUUUGUACGUAACGAGAACGAGUGUAGAAGCGGUUCAUUGCUCCGCUCUGACUUGUCGCCAAGAUGGAUUGGGAGUCGAUUACGAUGGCGAGUCUUCACCUGACGAUGACCGAACAUCAAUAUUAUGAAGAUAUUUUUAGUUAUUGCUGUGAAAAUGCAGACAGCGACAGUGUGCCGGUGAUCAAAGUUGCCGAACUACUGCGCUCGGCGAAUUUACCAGGGGUUGUCACGAUGAAGAUAUUGGAUAUCUGUUUUGGAACUGAAGCAGCACACAUUGGUACACAUCUUGGAAAGAAACAAUUUUAUGUACUGUUGAAACUUGUAGCAGCUCAUCAAGCAGGACUUAGUAUCCGUAAAGAUAUAAUUACUAUGCCCUUGGAUGUUAUUACCUUACCAAGAUUUACUUGGCCAGCAUCUGGGGAAGAAGAUGGUAGAAGAAGUUCAGAUUCAAACAGAGCUAUAAAAGGUCAUCGACAUGCUCCUGAGAGUACCACAGAAAGUGAAAGUGAAGCAGAAUCUCCAAGGGAAACUGGCGGUAGUACAGAUUCACCUACUCCAACAAAUAGUAUAAUACAGGAAAGAAACAAUGACAUAGGUGGUGAAACUAUAUUAGAUUCUGUAUCUGGAGGUUGGCAAGGAUUGUUGGUAUCUGAAGAGCAAAGGCAAUUACUAGGAACUGAAGAAGAAAGUUCAGAACGUCAUAGCAGUGAUGAAGGUGAAGGAGAUGGUGAUGGCUCAUUUCCACCUGAAGAAGUAUGGAUAAUUAGUGAUGAACAGCGUGAAUAUUAUGCUGCUCAAUUUGCACAAUUGCAACUUGAUCCUGAGGGGCUUUUACAUGGUCCCAUAGCCAGAACAUUUUUUGAAAAGUCUGGACUUCCUUUAGGAGAACUUAGUCGCAUUUGGCAACUCGCAGAUAUUACCAGAGAUGGAGCGUUGAGUUUACAAGAAUUUUUUGUGGCUAUGCAUCUUGUUGUGUUACGAAGAAAUCAUGUGCCUCUACCUGAUGUCUUACCUCCACCCUUAUUAAUUCCUUUGCUUAAGCAAAAGACUGGUCCACCACCUAUUCCACAAACUACAACUACUCAAAAAACUCCACCUAAUACUACUGGUACUCGUGAAAGAAAUAAAGAAUGGACAAAAUUUGUUGAUUCACCAACUGGGACUAGCAGUUCUUUAACUAGCCCAGGUUUGCAAUUAGUGAAUUUUGAUUUUCAAAAAUCUGCUGUUGAAAAAGAUCCUAAAAUUCUACAUCCGGUGCCAUUACGUUUAACACCUGAAGCAGCGAUUCUUGCCUCUGGAGCAAAUGGUAACAGUAGCAGCUGCACUACGUUGGGAGAUGACGAUCUCCAACGUACUGCAAGUGCAUUGGUGCAACGACCUCUCAUAAAAAAACCACCUCCACCUCCUGAAGAAGCUAUUAUAGUAACUCCAAAGAAGGAACCACCACCUCCACCACCACCCAGACCAUACAGAACACAUGCAAGAAGUUCUAGUCUUGAUCUUAAUAAAUUAGGGAAAAAUGGUCAAAGUUUCCUUGGAGCACCUCCGCUAGUUCCACCAAGAAUCUCUCCUGGAAUUACUUCACCUCGAAAAUUGGUUGGUCAAAAAAGUGAGGGAGAAGGACAAAAAGCCUUAAAUGAAAGUCAAGGUUUUGUUGCUGAUUUUUCUCACUUUUCUCCAAAGAGCGAACUACCUGAAAAUCCACCUCUGGAAACUCCACAAUCACAGCAAUUUACUGGUGUCUGUGGUGCAUUUCAUAUUUAUAGAAAACCCAGUCCAAAGCGAGAAGGAGAUGAAGAUGCUCCUAAGGAUGAAUUGGAAGAAUCAAAGAAAUUAACAUUACAAGAAUUACGGGAGAAAAAUGCUGAACUGCGAUUAGUUUGUGAAGAAUUAACACGAGAAUUAGCUAGCGCACUUCAGGAACGUAUAAAUCUUCGUGCGAAGCUUUUACUUUUAACAUGAUGUAAUUUGUUAUCAUUUGUAAAAACUCCAAAUUAUGAAUUAUUAAUUUUUCCUAAAUUUGUUGUAAAAUGGAGUAACUCAUGUGUCAUGCUAGUCUAGAGUAUUUCCUUUUGCAAAGUUUCGUACAUCCACAACAGUUAGCGUAACCAAAAAAUAACAUUACAGAGCAGAUAUUAAUAAAAAUUAUCCAAUGUUAAAUAUUCAACCUAUUUCUAUCGUUGAUUACUAAACUAUUAGAUUUUAAAUGUCCCUUUAUAUAUUGUCCAUGUUUUAAUAAUGUAUGGUUUACUAAUAGAAAUAUCUAAAUUGCUCUUGAAUAAUUGUGUUAUUGAAAGGAAAUGGAUAUUUCUUUCAUUCUAAAACAGAAACGUUGAAGAAAUAUCAAUGAAAAUUCUUUGUGGUUACGCUAUUAUUCACAUUUUGUCCUCUUUCACAGAUAAUUCCAGCGUGCAUUAUAGAAGCGUGGGUACAAAUAUUGUAGUAACAUCUGCCACUCUCUAGUAUUCAAAUGUUACAGCAUUUUAACGUUCAAAUAAUUUUAAAAACUUAUAUUUUUUAUGCAUAGUACUGUACUAAAUUGCUGAGAAAUAGUUCUUUAUAUAUUACAAAGUUUUUAAAGUUGAAUAAUCGCAUCAAGCUAUAGUGAAAGCUUGAUGAUUAUUGUAUACUACAAAACUAUAAAAAAAACAUACUAUAAAAGCGAGUAAUAGAUAUUUAUUGUUUACGACAACAAAAUAAAACUGUAUUUUCGUAUUGCUGUAUCAUCAAAUUUUUCACAGCAUGGCAUAACAAAUUGGUAUUCCUAAAAUGUAACAAUGUAUUUCAUUUCGUGAUGAUAAUUGUACAUAGCAAAUAGAAUUAGAACAAGGAAUGAGAGAAAAUGAAGUCUGCAGGAACAGAACACUCAAAGAAUAAAUAUACUUUAAAAAGAAACGUUGAUACUUUCAAUUUUUAUGGACUACUUUUGUUCUAUUUAGAUUAUUCAACGUAUUGUUUUCAAUAGGAACAAAAAAUAUUACAUCAUAAAUCGUAUGACAUAAUUUGCGUAUAAACGUAAUGUUCUGCAAAAUGUUUUGUUCGAUAUCUCAUUAUAAAAACUAAUUUAAUAUAAAUGAGAAAUAUAAAGUAACUAUUCCUUGUGCCAUAUAAUACAAUACUUUAAGAAUAUUGUAAUUAAUAUUGUAGCCACUUCUGAUGGCCAGAACUUUUGUUAAAGUUAUUUAGAAAUAUUCCAAUCAAUAAUCAUAUUGAAAUAUCUUUUUGUAAAUGUACAGAAGUUGUACAGAAGUAUAUGAGUUAACUAUUAUGUAAGUUAACCGGAAGUUAACUGUUGAUUUAUUCCAUUCCUACUAUUCAUAUAAUGCUGUAAAAAUGUAUCAAUAUAUAAGAAGAUAAAGAAAUGUUCAAGGACUAAAUAAAACAUUCUCUUAGUUUCAUAACAA